AUGAAGCAAGAGCUCCCAGGAUUGGAACUGCCAGACGCAGAGACAGUCGCACAGCGCCUGCGACAAGACCAACAAGCCUGCAGCGAGCGAAAAGUGCCUAGUAAUCUAGCGAUCCAACUAUCUUCUGUUACAGCUGAUGUCUUUGACGAAAUAGCCUGGCAUCUCACUCCACACAGUGAAGUCUCGAAAGCGUUGCGGUCGCUCAGAUGCAACGGCAUUAUCAAAGGCAUCAAGGCCUACCUAGGCCAAUUGGAAGCGAUGACCAAAUCUGAGGGACAUGCGUCCAUGGAUAGUAUGCAUGUCCCAACAUCGAACGAGUUGGAAACGACACUCAAAGUUUUGGAUUAUCUUCAAAACCAUAAAGUGGUUUCUCCAACAGAGCCUCUGUCUGAGGUUGUUCUAGCCGUGCAAGGCCAUCUCUCCAUGGAAGACAAUACUCGAUAUACACAACAUGCACGAUCUCAGAGAACCGACGCACCGAGAGUCUCAGACGUUAAAAAAAGAUGCUACAUCUGUCGGUACCGCUUCUCGGCCAAUGAUUCUCACGAACUAUACCCGUCACUAUGUCGCCAAUGCGGCAUGUUUAAUAUCGGCUGCUCAAAUCUCUCCCUACCAGAAAAACUAGACCUCACUGGUAAAAUCGCGCUCGUUACCGGCGGGAGAAUAAACCUGGGUUACUUCACUACAGUGCGACUCCUCCGCUGUGGAGCCAACGUCAUUGUAUCCUCUCGGUAUCCAGCCGAUGCUGCAAUCCGAUAUUCCACAGAGCCAGACUUCCCUCAAUGGGAGAAAAGACUGAAAGUAGUCGGUGCAGACUUCAGAACAGCAAACGAUGCUUUCCGUCUGGUCCAUAUUGUCAAACAAUUACUCCGUGCUUGGGACAGCGAGACUCCAUCCGAUACACCACAAUCCCUGUAUAUACUUAUCAACAACGCUGCGCAAACCCUCACUGACCCAGUCAAAGGAGAAAUGAGAGCCAUUUCCAGAGAGGAUCAUCUAAAAGACCAUCCACAGGCCAUGUCCCUACUCGCAGAAUCCGAGAACGACAGAUACACACCGCGUGUAAGAGGAGGACAGCAAGCAACCUGGAUCCCACGUAUUACGAACAACAAAACACAGCCUCAAAUUGAAGAUACAAGCAAUACCCAACCUACAAACCAAAUAGCCACAAAGGGCCUCCGAAAAAUCAACGAUGAAGACGAAGAGCCAUCAAAAUCAUCCUGGGUCCAAUCCCUCCACGAAAUCCCCUACUCAGAUCUAAUAAGUGCGCACUCCGUCAACGCCUUCGUGCCUCUAAUCCUCUGCCGCGAACUCCUCCCAGUGAUGGGCACCCCACCGUCCUCCUCAUCCUCCUCCCAAUCUACACCAGCAGGAUACAUAAUAAAUGUCUCAUCCCGCGAAGGAAUCCUAGAAGACACACCCCAAUCAAGCAGCAAAGCUGGACACCACGUACACACGAAUAUGUCUAAAGCAGCGAUCAACAUGAUAACAGAGACAGAAGCACACGCUGCAUGGAAGGGACGGCGUGUUGCUAUGAAUUCUGUUGAUCCAGGGUAUAUGAGUGCUGCGCCAGAGUGCCAGACCGUGGAGGGGUGUCCGAUUGGGUUUGAGGACGGUGCUGGCAGGGUGUUGUGGCCUGUUGCUGUUGGGGAAGUUGAGGGAAAGGUUGUUUGGGGGAGGUUUUUGAAGCAUUUCCGGGUGGGAAUUGCCAUUACGCGGAGGGGGUAG